AUGGUGCCAAAUGAUAAGUAAAUUAUUUCUCAAUUGUAGUUAGUUGGAAUGUUGUGAAAUGGAAGAUGACAAAUAGUCAGCAAAAGCAACUUCAAAAAAAAUACAAAAUAGAAAAAUAUGGUCCUAAAAAGAAGACAAGUUGCUUGAAAGAGCAAUUCAUGAACUCGGAACUAAUUGGAAGGAAGUGGCAAAAUAUUUAUAUAAUCGAAAUCCUUCUUAAUGCGCUUAACGAUGGAAGAGAAUUAAGCCAGUCUCAGUAUGUUUAAAUUUAACUAAGCUCAGUAACGCUCUCGACAUUCUUGGAGUGCAAUUGAAGACGAAUAAUUGUUAGAAUUAGUUAAAAUACACAAACGGAAUUGGGGAAUGAUAGCAAGCAUCAUGCAUUGGAGAACAGGAAAGUAAAUUAGAGAACGAUUUAUUAACAAAUUGAAUCCAGAAAUAAGGGCUGAACCAUGGUCAAAGGAAGAAGAUCUAAUUGUCAUGGAUGCUUAUUAAAAAUAUGGAUCAAGAUGGACAGAAAUAUCCAAGUUAUUAAAAGGGAGACCUGUAUAAUUUAUAACUAAAAUUUAUUUAGGAAAAUAUGAUAAAAAAUAGAUUUUAUUCCUUUAUUAGAAAAGAGUAUAUGAAUAUUUAAAAUCCUUAUUACGUUAUACCUAAUUCAUAAUAAAAAACUGACACUGAUUAAUUAAAAUCAUCCCAAUAAUUAGAUGAAAUCCUUAAGCAAGAUCCUAAUGAUAAUAGUUAAUCAUCCAAAAGUAGUAGUAUUAAAAGAAGGAAAAACACGAAAGUUCAAAAGAAGAAAAUGAAAAAAUAAAAAGUCAUUAAAAGAAAGAAAGAGUAAGAACAAAAAAUUAUUAAUAAUAUUGUUAAUGAUUAGAAUGAACAAGUUUUGAAUGAAAUUAUCUCAGCUGAGAGUUCAGAAGUGUAGGUGAAAGAAGAGGAUGAUAACGAAAUUUAAGUAAAUAAAAUAGGAUAAAGUAUAUUAAGUUAGAGUAUAAACAAUAAUCUAAAUCAAAUUAAUAACUCAUUAAAUUCUNGUUAAAGUCAAAUGAUUAUUCGGUAAGCAAAGUAAAUUUUUUUAUGA